CUCAAAUCUCCGUACAGCCAUUGGCUAAUGUUUACACCGAGUUUAUCGUUUUAGGAAAAAAAGUUUAGGUGGAAGGGGUUGUUGCAAAUUGUAGCUUGCUAAUCUUUCUUAUUGUAAGUCUUUUAGAUAGAAAAAACUUUCAAAAUAAUAUACGAGCAAGAAACCUCAACGUAAACGGCCAGCAGCUAACUUACUUUCCUGGAGAUGGGGUCUGAACGGUAACGUUAGCUAACAGAUGUUGUCGAAAAGAUGCUAAUAUCAUAACGUUAGUUUUCCUACAAUUUAAAGAGUAAUGUCAGAGCCGGACUUGGGGACGGGAUGCGGGACUGAUGUGCUGGUCAGUUUCGCCGAGUCUCUGCACAUAUACACAGGACUGUUAACAGUGGCUACAGUGUGUGGGGGGCUCUCUGGGAUAUUAGCAGCUGCUCUGCUCUAUGUCUUCUGCCUGAAACCUCUGCUGUUGACCAGACAAGGUUACAAUGCAAGGCGGCUGCUUGAACCUGAUGAUGGAGAAUUAGACAACAACCAGAGUGACUGUGUCAGCAACAGCAGAAAGGAGGCUCCAAGUGCCACCACAAAUGAUAAAGAGAAGAAGCAGCCACCCAUGAACAGUGAUGUGGCUGCAUUUGCAUCCAGAGCAAAGGUGGUUUAUCCCAUCAACCAAAAAUACAGACCUUUAGCAGAUGGAGCGUCCAAUCCGUCACUGCAUGAGCACUCCAAGUUGCCAGCAAUGCCCAAUGAUGAGUCAUCCUCCUCCACUGACGGACAGUCUCUGAGCCAAGAGCAGGACAAUGAUGACAGCAGUCAGUUCAUCUCCUCCUCGCUGGUCCCUAAGAGCCUGCAGAACCAGAGCUUCACCAGGGUCUCUCACUACCCUCACACUCUGACACAGCCUGGUUUUGAAGGCAGGAUCAGCCUUUAUUGUUUGGCCCUGCAGGAUAUACAACAACACUGCUCCCAGCUUCAGGAAGAAAAGUUUCUAAUGUUUCUUCAGAUGGUGAAAAUAAUAUGCAGUGGUCGUUUUCCAAAAGACAAAAAUGAUGCUGACUUCUCCAAGGACAUUCUUCAAAUGCAAGAAAAGGAACUGAAUGAGCUGAAGAAACAGUUGCCAACAGGCCACACUGCCAGCGAGAAAAAUGAUGAUGCUCCUUGCACUUUGGAGGAAAUAGAGAGAGCCCAAAAGGAUCUCCUUGAGCGUGGCCUUCAAGUGUCCAGACGUUUCAGCAAACAGGUGGAGGACUUGUGCCAACAUCUGCUGAAGAAGACCAGCAUUUUCUCUCCUGAUGAAGCCCAGGAUGUCAUCCUCUCUCUCAUCCAGACUCUUCUGUUAGUCGAGAACCACCUGAUGAACACACAAGAAGCUGAUUUAAAGAGGAUCCAGCAGAAGUUGUUGUGGUGGGAAGAGCUGACGGGACUUCUCCAAUCCCAACCUGCCUUGCUAAAGCGGGAAGUGUCUCUGAGGCAGAGCCUGAUAGCAACAACACUGGAGCAGCUGACGAGCGAUGACGUCUUGACCUUUAGUCACAUGGAAAAGAUAUUUGCAGAGGUUCAGGCAGCUCUGACUGAAGGCCUUCAACAGUGCACUGAGGAGUGCACGAGGAAGACGGAGGAGCUAGUGAAUGACAAGUGCAGCAGAAUGGAGUCCAAGAGGAAGAAGCUAAUGAGGAGCCAGACCAAGGAGAAGAGCCGCGCCCUGGAACUGAGACAGACUCAUGGUGACCUACAGCAGCUCACUAAGGUGUACCAGGAGCUGCUGAUAAAACACAGGCAGCAGAUUUCUGACUUGGAGCAGCAGCAGGACAGCAGAGUGGCUGAAGCCCUCUGUGACCAUUGGAAGAAACUCCGUAGAUCCUGGUCAAAGAAGCUUGGAGAGCUAGCCAAGGAUGUUUUUCUCACCUCCGUCCCUGCCCAAUCAAGUGUCUCUGCUGAGCGGUGCGAGAAGCUGUGGUUGGACCUGGAGGAGGAGCUGGCUGCACAGCUGCAGCAGGCAGAGUGCACUACCAGGCUGCAACUGCAGGACAUGAGGGCUCAGCUGGAUAACGAUGGACAGGUGUGGAGUGAGGAGAUGGCUCUGGUGCAGGCCUGUCUCAAACACCUGAGUGAACAACAGAUGACGAUCCUCCGAGCCAUGGUGGCCAGACAGAGCUACACACUCCACAGCCACGUCGGGAGGUUGAUAGAGAGGAAACACGAGCACCUGUUGGUGGCGGUGCAGAGGCACUUUGUGGUCAGGCACUUCUGUCUGCACAUGCUGAAGGAGAUGAGGCUGUCCAAGCUGAAGGCACUCUCUCAGACUGAUUUCAGAGCGGUGCUAAUGGAAGAUCCCAGUAAAAGCCAGUCCUGUAUCAAUUCAACUCUCAAGAAUAGCAGUGCCAGCCUAGCAGAGAGGCACCUGGGUCCAGAGAGUCAGCUUGUGGGCCACAGCUUCCAGCAGGAGUUGCUGUCUGAACUGGAAACCGGGACAGAGCUUCUUCAGAGCCACGCACAGCUGGUGCUAGGCAAUGCUCUCAGCCAUGCCAUCCAACAGAUGAUGAUGAUCCCACCUACUGAGACGCAGACACAAGACGAUGGGUUGAAGCAACACCUGACAGAGGCUGCUUCGGAGAGUGUGUAUGUGACCAAAGAUUCUCUUACCGCACUGGUCCAAAGCUACUAUUCACACGUACAGGACAUUAUCAAAAAAAUACAGCAGGAUGAGUCAAACGUAAACCAGGAGGUGAAUGAGAAACAAGAGAGCAGCAGUCAGCUGACCAGAUCCCUGCUCAGGGAGCUGGUGAACUGGGGCAAGAAACCCACGUCUGCUGAGUUUCAACAGAGGGUUGAACUCCACAAAAGGAGGGUGUUGGAGCAGUGUGAUCUGGACCAGGAAAUGAUAUAUGAGGAACUGAGGCGGAAGAAAGUAGUUCAGGAUGUGGCCAUGGAAAAGAUCAAAGCACAGCUGCUGGAGGCAGAAGAAAGCUUCAUAACUGAGCUGGCAGCCUUGGCACGGAUCUCCCUCCACAGUCCAGAUCCAGAACCCAGCGGUGAAGAGGACAACACUGGUGCUAAUAUACUGGACCUGCUGGCCCUGAACCCAGCGUUAGAUCCUGCCUUGAAUCCUUCACUGACUCCGACGAUUGUAACUCCAGCGGUGAAAUCAAAACCAAAGAAGAAAAGAGAACAAGAAUCUCAUCUCAGCUGAAAUCUUAACACAGUGAAGUUUACAUAUUUGCAGUUAUGUCCUGUGAAAAGUUUACUCUGGUUUUAUAGUUUGUGUAUUAUGAAAUAAUACUGGUCUGUAGGUACUGUUUCUGUUGUUAGGAAGGUACCUCAGAUUUAUUUGUAUUAAAGGGACAGUUCACCCCAAAAUUAAAGGUACAUAUUUUCCCUCAUACCUGUAGUGCUGAUCAUCAAUCUAGAUUGUUUUGGUGUGAGUUGCAGAGUGUCAGAGAUAUCAGACGUAGAGAUGUCUGCCUUCUCUCCAAUAUAAUAGAACUAGAUGGCACUCAGCUUGUGGUGCUCAAAGCACUAAAAAAAUAUAUUUGAAAAACUCAACAGCAAUACCUCUUUCCAGAAAUCAUGAAAAUCAUGACCUGGUUACUCAAGAUAUUCCACAGACCUUGUUGUGAGCAGUUUCAUGUAGGAACUAUUUCUUUGUACCAAACUGCUCACAUCAGCCGUAUCACUGUGCAGAUGGAAGCGUGCAUCUGCUCAUGAAUGAGAGGUUCGUGCUUGUGACAGCACGGGAUUUAGACAUUAUCAACUGCUCUGUAGCUGAGUUGUAAUGUUAACUAGCUCAGUCGUGCUAUGUGAGAUAGCAGUAGCUGCAUGCUUCCCUCUGUGUGGUGAUACAGUUGGCUGCUGUAGUUCCCUAGAAGGAAAAUAGUUCCUUCAUGAAACUGCUCACAACAAACUGUGAGAUAUCUUCAGUAGCUGGGUCAUGAUUUCUGGAAAGAGACAUUGCUGCUUCAAAUGUUUGGGGUUUUUUUUCCUAUGUUUUUGCACUUUGAGUUUUUUAUAUAAAUAAAUUGGCGCUUUGAACACCACAAGCCUAGGGCCAUCUAUUUCCAUUAUACUUAACGGAAGGCAGACAUCUCCACGGUCGAUACCUCCAAGACUCUGCCACUCACACCAAAACAAUCUAUGAUGAAUAGCGCUACAGGUAAGAGGGAAAACAUGUAUUUUAGAUUUAAAGAAGAGAAAUCUAUUCAUAAUUUAUGUAUACAUGGACUGCCCUGUCUCAUUUCUAAUGUUUCUAGAAGUGUGCUUCAGUCAGUAAAAAAAAAUCUGUUUCUCCCCAGUCAAUAUUUUUGUAAAUGCCAAGUGCAAUUAAAUAAAUAAAUUUAA